AUGAUGAUGAUGCCACUGCAAGGAAGUAUUGCGGCUGAGGCCUUCAAUUGUUCGGAGCCGCCAAACUUUAACAAUUUUGACGUCAAUUCGUGCUGUCGGACGCCUGAAAUCAAUUUAAAUGACGUGCCCCAGAGAUGUCAGCAAUAUAUUAAACAGUUGAAGUCUGCCAAUGAGAACUAUCCGGCGUACGCGCACAUAUGUUAUCCGGAGUGCAUUUAUCGGGAGACGGGCGCAUUGGUAAACGGACAGCUUAACAUGGUGCAGGUGAAGCGAUUCCUAAUGACGCAUGUGCAUCGCAAGGAUCGGGACAUAUUGCCGGAAAUAGAACGCUCGUUUGAGAAGUGUCUAGCGAACAUUAAGGGCCACAUGAAAAAGGCAAACAUUGAGGCGUACAAUGUGCUGCCCCAUGGCUGUUCUCCUUUCGCCAGCAUGAUCUACAGCUGCGUCAAUGCGGAGACCUUCCUCCAUUGUCCCGCCAAAAUGUGGAAGAGCGAUCGCAACUGCCUCAUAGCCAAACAAUUUGCGGAGCAGUGCAAUCCCCUACCGCACGUGCCGCUGCCCAUGAACUGA